AGCCAAUUAUGGUUCUGGGAUUGUGUUAGGGUUUCAGAAUAGAGGAUGUGGUAAAGUUUUUGUGCAAACUAGCCCCUGCAUUUUGGUAAAAAUAGCUAAGAUUUUCAAGAUUAUUGCCCAAAAGCCACCUCACAUACUGCUUGAAGAGAAAUUUAUUUCGCUUCUGCAGUCAUGUAAAACUGCAAACCACCUUUAUCAAAUCCAAGCCCGGAUAAUUACCCAUGGCUUGGAAAACAAUGCCUAUGUCACCCCGAAAAUAAUUACAGUAUGUGCUGAACUAAAACGGAUGUCUUAUGCCCACAGGGUGUUCGAUCAAAUUCCACACCCAAAUGUUGCCAUAUGGAAUGCAAUGUUCAGGGGGUAUGCUAACAAUGAGUGCCAUAGAGAAACUAUAGUUUUGUUUAGUAGAAUGAAGAGCUUGGACAUUAGUCCCAAUUGCUUUACCUUUCCUGUUGUGAUUAAAUCGUGUGGGAAAAUUGAUAAGUUAAUAGAGGGUGAAGAAGUGCAUUGUGUAUUGAUAAAGGAUGGGUUCAGAGCAAACCCAUUUGUGGGAACCACGUUGAUUGAAAUGUAUUCAGGUCAGGGAGUCAUCGCAGCUUCUUAUAAGGUGUUUGGUGAGAUGCUUGAAAGAAACGUGGUUGCAUGGACUUCAAUGAUUAAUGGUUAUAUUCUGUGUCAUGAUAUGGCUUCUGCACAUCGUCUCUUUGAUUUGUCACCUGAGCGGGAUAUAGUGUUGUGGAACACUGUCAUUUCAGGUUAUAUUGAGUUGGGAAAUAUGGAGGCAGCACAAAAACUUUUUAAUGAGAUGCCUAAGCGGGAUGUGAUGGCUUGGAACACCAUGUUGAAUGGAUAUUCAAGCAAUGGGAAUGUUGAGGCAUGUGAAAGGCUGUUCAAAGAAAUGCCUGAGAGGAAUGUUUUUUCCUGGAAUGGAUUAAUUGGAGGGUACGCACGUAAUGGGCAUUUCUUUGAGGUUCUGGGAUCCUUUAAACAGAUGCUAACUGAGGGUGAUGUGCUUCCUAAUGAUGCCACACUAGUUACUGUUUUAUCUGCCUGUGCAAGAUUAGGUGCUCUUGAUUUAGGUAAGUGGGUACAUGUAUAUGCAGAGAGUAUCGGGUAUAAGAGAAAUGUUUAUGUUGGUAAUGCUUUGAUUGAUAUGUACGCAAAAUGUGGGCUGAUAGACACUGCUGUUGGUGUGUUCAAGAGCAUGGAUACAAAAGAUCUAAUUACCUGGAACUCUGUAAUUUGUAGUUUGGCAAUGCAUGGACGAGGAGCUGAUGCCUUGAAUUUGUUUUUUCAGAUGAAGAAUUCUGGAGAGAAACCGGAUGGGAUCACCUUCAUUGGCAUUUUGUGUGCAUGUACACAUCUCGGGUUAGUUGACGAUGGUUUCUCAUACUUCCAGUCAAUGGUUGAUGAUUAUUUGAUAGUGCCUCAAAUUGAGCAUUAUGGUUGUAUGGUUGAUUUGCUAGCUCGAGCUGGACUUUUAGACCAGGCUGUUAACUUUGUGAGGAACAUGCCUGUGAAAGCAGAUGCUGUUAUUUGGGCUGCCCUGCUUGGGGCUUGUAGGAUUUACAAAAACAUUGAAUUGGCUGAGCAUGCUCUUGAAAGGCUCAUUGAACUUGAACCAAAGAACCCUGCAAAUUAUGUCAUGCUCUCAAAUAUAUAUGCAGCCCUUGGGAGAUGGAAAGAUGUGGCAAAAUUGAAAGUUGCAAUGAGGGAUACUGGGUUUAAGAAAUUGCCAGGAUGCAGCUUGAUUGAAGUAAAUGAUGAUGUAGUUGAGUUUUAUUCCUUAGACGAGAGGCAUCCAAAGAGACAGGAAAUAUAUGGAGCAUUGACAGGUCUAGCAGAACUCUUACAAUCAUCUGGAUAUGUUCCUAACUUGUUGGAGGUUGAACUAGGGGCUUAGAAAUGUGGGCAAGGACAUUUACGUCUUCUUGCAACUUGAAAUCAAUGGUAUCCUGAACCUGUCCAAUUUGGAGAUUGAGUCGAAGAAGGCAGCAACAUCAGCAGCUACCUUUUCAAUUGGGACAACUACCUCUCUUGGCUUGAAAAUGAGAUCUCUUCCACAAUCAAAGCCUCUCUGCAGUUCAACUACCAGAGCUCUCUUAGUAGUUUCAGUGGCCUCAGGGAAGCAACUUCUGUGAAUUGUGAGCCAUCCUUCCUAGGCAAGGAAAGUGGUGCAGCUCUUCGAGGCUCUUUUGCACAAAAAGCCCAGAAGGCCAGAGGUUUCAAUAUCACCUCCAGCCCCAGGCAUCUUACAAAGUAGCUGUUCUUGGAGCUGCUAUCUUAGUUGAGUCAUCUAUCUGUGCACUGGAUGGAGAUGGGGAUGUCUACCAAUGCUCAUAUGAGCUAUCUGAUCUGCCUGAGCUUCCAUUCUUUGCAUCAAGGAUUGAGCUAGGAAAGAAAUGAGUUGAAGCCAUAAUAUCAUCUGUCUUCCAAGGAUUGACCGAGUAGGAGCAAAAAGGCUUUCAAAGCCCUUAAGUCAGAACUGAAGGCCAGCAUUGAGAAGGGGAUUUCAUUUGCUUAUUAGCAAACAGUAGUGGCAUAGAUCUCCAGAAUCUGAAACUCUUACCUCAUUAUAUUGUAUGCUUUGAAGAGGGAUGGAAAAUCUCUGAUAAAUUUUUUAGCAGAUUAUCUUUGCAUCAGUUUUUUCAUUUGUGUAAAAUUGAAGAUAAAUUAUUUCCUUUUCCACGUCAAAGAACUUUUGAGGAGAAUAUAGAGUUUAAGUAGAUUUUAAGAAUGUAACAUUUCUAUUGAGGGCGUGUACCUGAAAGUUUUGGAAUAUUAUUAUUAAUUUUGGGAUUAAUAAUAAAUAUGAUUUUAUAAACUUUUCUAAAUAA